CAGCCUUAUCUUAUCGUUUAAUGAUCGAUCUUCCUUUCUUUCCUACAUGAACCUACUAACAUACAUGAAUGCAUGACGAGAGACAAUUAGAUUGGAGGAGUUUAUGUCUAUUGCAACCCUCUUUGAACAUUGAAAUUACCUUUAAAUCCACAUUGCAACCAUAAUCUAUCCAUUGGUUUCUCUGCCCUUUCCCCAUAACUCGGUGAACACCCAUCCACCAUGGACACAACAGAAUCAACAUUAGACAACACGACAUUGUCCACCAUAUCCCUCCUUGAAGCGCGCCUGCUACGCUUAGAACACUUACUUUACGGCCAUACAGUCCAACAACCCCAAACAUCAGCAGUCCGCAGCCUGCAAGAGCUAGAGCACCGAUUCGGAAUACUUCUCCAACGGGUGCGCGUCUACGCUGAGCUUCUUAAACUCUACAAAUCCCAACCAACCCUCUUCCAACCCCAACCGCCCUCUUCCCCACCAUCGUCCCUCUCCCCCGACGCUCUCCGCUCCGUCGUGCUAGCCGCCGCAUCUUCAUACCCAGCGACCGCGUCUGCGUUGACCGCUAUAUCUGACACACCUGUUCCCGAUCCAGCGCACACGGCGGCGCUCGUCGCGCUUCUACCGCGUAUGAAAGGUGUUGAAGCUACCCAGAUCGCGCAGGUAGCUGAAGUCGCGGAGCUGAGAACACGGAGUGAAGCGGUGGUGCGGAAGUGGUAUGAGAGAGAUGUGCUAGGUUAUUCAGAUUUCGUGGCGGGUGUCGAGAGUAGAGUUGAAAGGGCGGAAAGGGUUGUGAGGAGGGUUGAGAAGGUGAGGAAUGAAGUUUGAAGAGGGUAGGAUACCUAUGACAAGGAUUGCUACACGAGUUACCUCUGAACGCGUGUGGUCUAUUGCGACAUUUACAAUGUUAUUGAUGCCGUGAAGCAUGGGUAACCUUUGCGAAUACGACGAAACUAGAGGGACUUGAGAGCAUAUCUCUUGAAGUCUUCAGUUCUAGUGGGUACUACUUGGAGAUAUCUUCUAGGCCAGGAGGGAUUAUGAUUGCGUUUUGCUGCAAGCACAAUUUUAUACCCAAAGCUGAAGCAACUUAGUUGAGAGAUAGUUGAUUGAGGCUAGUGUUUGUUGGUUACAUAUUACAGAGGGUAGACCAACGUACAUUCUCACAUAUCAAGUAUUUCUUCAUGUCAGCGAAUAAAAACAAUAGUCUAUAACCAAUACGAGAUUAUAUAUCAGGCACAGGCUCUAUUGCUCUGCCGCGAUUCAGCUCAUACCAAUUCUUUGUGGGGGAUCGGAUGCCAUCCAAUUUGGAAGUAGAUUCGGUGAAGCUAAGUAUGCUGACUAUCGCUAAUAAAGGCAAGAGGAUUCUAUAUUGGGGUACCUCAUUU